CCUAAAAAAAAAAGUUCCCACACAAGAGAGGAGAAGAAAAGAAAGAGAGCAGUCACAGAAACAGAGAGAGGGACGCUCCGGUCAGCAGCAGCGCGCACACUCAUGUUCAUCCAGGAGUAGACGCAGACAUGCAUUCUGCAGGCAGGUCGUGGCUGCUGCUUACGGGAUUCAUCCUCUUUUAUAUCAUCUACCUGCUGUUCGGAGCUCUGGUUUUCUCCAGCGUCGAGCGGCCGCAGGAGGACCAGCUGCGCACUGAAAUGAAAGCCCUGAAAGAAGAGUUCCUGAACCAGAGCUGCGUCAACGCCGCGUCCCUCGAACACUUUCUGGUCAAAGUGCUCACGGCCAACAAGUACGGCGUCUCCGUCCUCAAAAACACCUCCAUGCCUUCAAACUGGGACCUGGCAUCCUCCAUGUUCUUCGCCAACACUCUGGUCACCACAGUCGGCUAUGGCCACACCACUCCUCUGUCGGACACCGGAAAGGCCUUCUCCAUCAUCUACGCCCUGAUAGGAGUCCCCUUCACCAUGCUGGUGCUCACCGCCUGCGUCCAGAGACUCAUGUACCCUCUGGUCCUGGCUCCCGUCGGCCUCCUGCAGCGUUCAGGCAUGGAGCCUCGGCCAGCCACCGUGGUCCACUUCAUGCUGCUGCUGAUCCUGGUGGUGCUGUGCUUCUUCUUGGCUCCGGCGGCCGUGUUCAGCACAUUGGAGGUGUCCUGGUCGCUCUUGGAUGGGCUCUACUUCUGUUUCAUCUCGCUGUGCACCAUCGGACUCGGGGAUUUCGUUCCGGGGACACAGCCUGGGCAGAAAUACAGGCCGCUGUACCAGGUCUCUGUCAUGAUCUACCUGUUCGUGGGUCUCAUGAUGAUGUACCUCCUGCUGCGCACCUUCCACAAAAUGGCAGACUUGCACGGCCUGACCACCUUCCUGCAGCUGCCCCGCUGUGAGGACGACCUGGAUGAAGACAGGGAGCCCAUCGUGGAGGACCACCAUGAAGGUCAGACGCCCCGUUACCUGACAGACAAAGCAGCAAGCAGGCCCCUGGAGCCGGGAUCACAGCCCUCAUACAACACCAUCAACAAAGGCUGAGCUGUGCGCAGGCAGGGAAGAGAAAAUGAAGCUCUACCUCUGGUGACCUCUUGGUCUUGAACCAGUAAUGAAACACCUGGGCUGAAUCUGAAUUCUCGUCUUCAUUUUUUCAUUUUGUCUUCUCGCCUUCCAGAGGAGCGAGUACGAUGAUGAUGAUGAUGAUGAUGAUGAUAAUAAUAAUCAUGAUAAUGAGGAAUCAAGAUGAGUUUUAAGAUUCAGUCUUUGUCAGAGGACUGUCAGACAGUCUGAGUGAUUACUACACCACUUUCUGCACAUCUCAAAGAUUUAUUCCAACUUGAUGACGGUGACCCGAAAAGGCACAAUGUUCCUUUUUUCUCCUCAACACUGGUGUAACUGUGGUGUGUGUUCACUGUGGAGGCUUUGCAGGUAUGUUUCCAGCCUCAGGACGGGACAUGAAGGGCUCAGACUUGUGAUACAAUUCCUCGUUUUUUCACUUUUGUAUGUAUUUUUGUCACAGUGUUGUUUGUACCACACGUUUGGGUUGCUAAUUCAAGACUAAUAAAUAUUGGAUAUGACUGUGCAGGAACUAAAUCUUGGUGCCAAACACAACCUGUGGACACACUUGCCAUUUCAACUUCACUUUGUUUGUUUUAAACUGUUUUUAUUUGGGGGAAUUGUUCAGCUUCUUCUCUUUAUACUUCACAUUAUGGCCAAAACAGCAGUGAAAUGACAAGUGAAUCUGCUGCAUCUGAGCAUUUAAAACACCGCGGACGUGAACGUGUUUUAUGUUUAAUGACGUUUCCUGUGUGUACGUAGUGACGCUCACUCUUGAAGAGUACUGACGAGCACUGUGUGUUCACAUCUGGCCUGUCCUCCUGUACGCUGCUUCCCCCUGCUGUCUACAUGCAUGUAGCACAACAUGUUGCUACACCUCCAGAACAGAAAGAAAUAGGGUAAAGGGCUGAAACUGAGGGACUGAGGAAAAGAUACAUAUAGUUAAUAAAAUGAAUUAAUAAGUGAAGUGUGUAUGUGUGUGUGAAUGUCUGGAUUUAAUCACCGUGACCAACAUUUGAAUGCACUUUAUUGUUCACAUCGGUGUUUUUACCAUCAAAGUUGUAGUCAAAUGAACAGAUUUAUGUCAUGAUACUGUAAAAUGUCUGUUAUUGUAGUUUAUACGUGUCUAAUGUUAAACUGAAAUUAAAAAGGUUUACUCUGUA